UGGGAGUCGGAUAACCGCAAUUAAACUCGUGAAGAAAAAUAGCAACUAUAAAUUUGAAAUUGUAUAAAAAUGAAGAUUUUGAGAAACACGCACGCAGUUAUCAAGCGGUGAAGAAACUGUCGCAAAAUUUAAUUUUGGUUUUCACUUUUUAAAUUAAAAAGAUUACUUAAAACAUGAAAGAACAAUGUUCAGCAAAUAAGAUUUUUACUAAAGAAGACUGUUGCACAAACAUGAACAAAACGACUCAUUGCAGAAAAUUCAAUUCAAGAAACGAAAAGAAAAGACGAAAGAUAGUAAUAAUUGGUUCUCCGAAAUGCGGGAAAUCAGCUUUGGUAGAGAGAUUCUUAAAUAACUCUUACUGUGAUAUACCGCAUAACAAAAAGCUAAAACGUGCUAAUGAAGAUUAUUAUUACAAAGGUUAUUCUCUUAACAUCGAGCUCGUUGUUGUUUCCGAGAAUGAAAGCACAGAAAACAAAGUGUUUCACAUCAAAACUGCAGACGCUAUAAUGCUCGUUUACGAGUUUGCCAGUUUAAAUUCCGUUGAGAACUUAUUGCAAUCUUAUAAAGCUAUUCGUACGGUCCGUGAAGAUAAAAUGCCCGUAUUAAUUGUCAGUACGAAAAUAGAUAAAAACGGUGGUUCUUCUCCUCAGCUACAUUUACGAGAAAACGAAAGUAUAACUUCAGUUUUAUAUGCAGUAAGAGGAGCAAAGCAGAUAUAUACUUCAGCAAAGUAUAACAUUAACAUUAGAGAUGCUUUUGAAAUGUGCUUUGAUGAUAUUAUCAAGCGCAUUCACACCUGGUCUAUGUCUGCUCAACAAUAUUCCUCUAUGGACGAACGGAUGAGCAAUAGACUAGCUUUGUCAGAAGAACCAAAUAAACUAUUCCUUUUUCGUCGAUUUCUAUCGAUGUGCAAUGUAAAGAAACGGGAAAAUGACUCAAAGGUCUAAAUAUAUUAAAUUUCUAUACAUGUAUAUAUUGAUAAACAAAUUUUAUUUAUUAAAAACAAAAAUAUUCUGUUUCAAA